AUGGAUAAGAGUGAGGUGGAUAAAAAACUUGCCAAGCACAUUAUUUUGAAUAAUAUUUCAUUUAAUGUGGUUCAGAUUCAAUCUUUUAUUGAUUUCGUGAAAAGUGUUGCUGAAUUUAGGUCAACAUACAAAUUACCUAGUUACUCAACUUUACGCACAAAGCUAAUACCAAAUUCUAGGACAGAAGUAGAGGCAUACAUUGGGAAUGUGAAGAAAACUUGGGUUGCUACAGGUUGCACACUAAUGUCAGAUAUAUGGAGUAUUUAUCUAAAAGAUAUUAUGUCAUCGGUAAUUGAAGAUAUUGGACCUAAUCACGUUGUACAGUUCAUUACUGAUAAUGCAUCCAAUUUUGAAUCAGCUGGUGACAUGCUUAUUGAAGUUGAAGAUGGAUUGCGAUUACUUGUGGCAUCUUCUGAAUGGAGGGGGUUGGAUUACAACAAAAGAGGGAUGGGACUAAAGGUUGCUAGUAUUAUUCAAAGUGUUGAGUUUUGGAGUAAAGGGAAAGAAGUAAUACAAACUCUGGAGCCUUUAGUUAAAGUUCUUCGUUUAGUUGAUGGAGAUGGUUCAACUGCAGGAUAUUUGUAUGAGGCGAUGGAAAGGGCAAAAGAAACUAUUAAACAAUGUUGUUGUAUUAAUCAAGCUAAUUACAUGCAGAUAUGGGUGUUAUUUGAAAAACGGAGAAUUGAAAAUGUAAUCCACCCAAUACAUGCAGCUGCUGCAUUUUUAAAUCCUACCUUCAUGUGUAGCGAGGACUUCAGAGAAAAUCGUGAAAUGAAAGACGUUAUAGAUUUUAUGUUAGGAAAUUUUAUUAUUGAAGAAGAAAAGGAAGAUUUUAUUCGAGAACUUCAAUUUUACCGAGUUUGGUGGGAUUAUUGUGGGGAUUGUCUUCCUGUGCUACAAAAGUAUGCCAUUCGUAUAUUGAGUCAGCCUUGCAGUUCUUCUUCAUGUGAGAGAAAUUGGAGUGCUUGGGAAGCUACGCAAAUAUAG